AUGCGGGAAUAUUACGAAAUUCCUGAAAAGUACGCAACUAAGGAAGAAAUGAAUAGAGAAAUGGGAAGUCGCUUGCGGGCUUAUUUUGAAUACGCUGUUGAAAAUAAUUUAUCUUAUCAUGGAUGUAUUCACAAAGACUUGGAAGAGAGGGCAAAAAAAUAUUACACUUAUGGUGGACAUUUCAGAUUUGGUGAGAAAUAUGUCGAGGGAAUUAGUAAAAAGGGGACAAACGACUUUAUAAGGAUUUUUAAUGGUAGUGAAUAUGAUGGAGCAAUAGAUGAUUUUACUGUUGUAGAAAAAAGUUUGGAUCACGAAGAAAGAAAGGAUUAUCCGAUUGCCGAUUUAACAAAUGCCUUAAAUUAUUAUAGAGAUUAUAAAUUAUUUCAUAAAUUUUUUGAUAAACUUUAUAAAAAGAAAGUAAGGAUUGACCCCGAAGUUUUACAACACUUAAAAAAAUGA